AUGUCCGCCCCGAUGAUCGUCCGCCCUCAGGGCAAGCACACGGCGAGCAUCAUCUUUGCCCACGGCCUCGGCGACACGGCCCAGGGCUGGUACCCGCUCGCGCGCGCCCUGUCCGAGAAGCCCCAGUUCGCCCAUGUCAAGUGGGUCCUCCCGACCGCCCCCGUCGCGCCCGUCACGGCCAACGGCGGGUACCGCAUGACGUCCUGGUUCGACAUCCAGCAGAUCGACCCUCGCGCAGGUCUCCUCGCAGAAGACGACGCCGGCAUGCUCUCGUCGGUCCGCACCCUGAGCGCCCUCAUCAGCGACGAGGUCGACGCCGGCAUCCCCUCGCACCGCGUCCUCGUCGGCGGCUUCUCGCAGGGCGCCGUCAUUUCGUACCUCACGGGCCUCACGAGCGAGAGGAGGCUCGCCGGCGUCGUGGCCCUCAGCGGCUUCUUGGGCAUGGCUGGCAAGGUCAAGGCGAUGAUGACGGACCACGCCGCCAAGCUGCCCAUCUUUCACGGCCACGGCGACGCCGACCAGGUCGUCGGGCACCGCUUCGGCCAGCAGACGGUCGACAAGCUGCGCGAGUACGGCUGCAAGGACGUCACCUUCAAGACCUAUCCCGGCAUGGGCCACGCGCUGUGCCCGGAGGAGCAGGAGGACCUCGAGCAGUUCAUCUCGCGCGUCCUGCCAGAGGUGUCGUCGUAG